UUCAAGCCUUCCGCGGCAUUGUGCUCGCAUUUCUCGUGCGGUUGUCGACUCGGAAAGUAUCUUCUGGUCAAGUCGUCGAAUUAAGUAACAUUUCGGACCUUAUCAAAAAUUAAACAUAAAACUCUAAACUUCGCAAAAUGGCGAACCUUUUGGCCCUUUUGGUGAUCACAUUGGCCUGCGUGAUCGUCCACGCCCAGCAACCACCAUCCAAUCAGAAACCCGUCUUUGGACAAACGUUUGACGAGAUCGUGGUCUCAUCAGAUCUAAACGUCAGAAGAAAGUCCAAGGAAAACCGCCAGGGCAAAAGAUUGACUAACAUACCUUCAGGCACCACCGGUCCACCAGAGAAAUCAACAGCAGUCGCGUCCCGAUUCGUUUCAAGCGAUGGCAGUCGGAUUACUUCUGAAAAAAGACAAAAGAAACGCGAAAUUACAACUCUGCAAAACAGGUAUCUGGACAUGGGCGUCGCGGGGUAUCUACUGAAAUCUAGGAAACGAUGAAAAUUCCACUCUGAGGACAACCGCACGAUCCUCACACACCCAAUUCCGACCAUACCUUUCGGCCCUCUUUCGGACCAUGACCAUGUAACAAAAAGGAUAAUAAAAAUUCUCUGUAUCACAGCA